ACAAGAAAUAUGGCAGGCGCCCUUUUUGUCUCGGAAAUAGGAUGAAAAUUCCGCAUCAAAAGGGGUGGAAGGAGAGGGCUGUGUAUAUAUAGAGAGGCUAUCUCUUGAGUCGUGCCAGAUCUUUUGAGUCUUGUAUGGUUCAAGAUCCUGCUCCUCAUGUAUUGGCCCAGAACUCUCUACCUCAAUUCUUUCUCGAUUUCCGAAUUCUGAAACCGACAGUUCCUCAGUAUGAGCACCUUGGAAUUCCUCCGAGGCUUAAUUUACGAGCAAUACUUCCAAUCGGUACCAAAGCCCACGGCCUCAUUCGCGCACAAGACUGUCAUCAUCACCGGCUCAAACGUUGGGUUGGGCAAAGAGGCCGCUCGGCACAUCUCCCGACUGGGAUGUACGCGUCUCAUAUUGGGGGUACGCAAUACGACUGCUGGCGAGGAGGCUCGCAAGGAGAUCCUUGCAGAGAUGUCGGCACCGGAGUCAAGCAUUGCUGUGUGGGAGGUGGACCUGAGUAGCUUUGAUUCAGUCGUCGGAUUUGUUCAAAGGGCUAAUCGUGAAUUGGACCGGCUUGAUGUUCUUCUCUGCAAUGCCGGCAUAAACACUGUCAAGUUUUCCGAGCCAGAGGGCUACGAGAGCAUUCUUACCGUCAAUGUUCUCAGCACAUACUUGAUGGCCUCACGCCUUCUUCCUCUUCUCGAACGAACAGCAGCUGCUGGCCCAGUGCCCGGGGACCCCGAACCGCGCCCUCCACACUUAAGCAUUGUUGGCUCAGAUACACAUCUACUGGCCAAGUUCCCAGAGCAGCACGAGUCGGCAGCCAAGAUGCUCGAAGCUAUUACUGCCAAUUGCAAGAACGAUGCUUCUCGCUUUCGCGCUCAAUACCCGACGUCUAAGCUUCUAGUUCUACUAAUGGUGCGCGACCUGGUAUAUCGGCAGAAACGCUCCGGCCCGAGCAGCGGCGUCAAUGCUAUCGACAAGCCUGAAGAGAAAUACCCGGUCAUCAUUAAUGUGCCAAACCCUAGCCUCUGCCACAGUAGUCUCACUCGCGAGAUACCUGCUGCACGUUUUAUCAAAUUCGUUUUCCAUGCUCGCCCAGCCGAGAUGGGCGGCAGUGCUCUUGUGAAUGCUGCCGCCGCAGGCUGGGAAACCAACGGCCAGUAUCUGAGCAGCAACAAAGUGAAUAAGGGUGGUUCUUUGACCUGGGACAGUGCCCUGGGCAAAAAGCUUGUUACGGCGAUCGAGGAAUGCUUCAAGAGGUUGGAUACUACGGAGCAUUGAGAGAACAAGGAUGAAGAGGAGAUGUUUUGCCAAUGUUUUGAUUGCUUUGUGGUCGGACGGUAGACUAUUUUUUCUUUUUUGUACACGGGCUGCUUUGAUGCAAUAGAUGGACUUAAUAACACUUUUAUCCAGCUUUCAGCCAAUGCUAUCCCAAAG